AUGGAUUGUGGAGUUCCGGAGUUUGGAGGACCUAUGAGGCUGGAGGGGGCCUUGGUGGACAGAGCAUCAGGCCUGGGAUCUCAGCAGACUCCCGGGGGUCCAAACGUUUCUUCACUCGAGGUCAGAGGUGACACCUGCCUUAUAAAAACCUCCCUGGUUCAGGGUUCCUCACCAGUGCUGCUGCCUCCACACUUCUGUGCAUUGAGGGGUGAAUGUGAAGUUGGGGAGAUGACGAAGCUGGAAGACCACCUGGAGGGAAUCAUCAACAUCUUCCACCACUACUCCAUUCGGGUGGGGCAUUAUGACACCCUCAAAAAGUGUGAGCUGAGACAGCUGAUCACAAAGGAACUUCCAAAUGCCCUCAAGAACACCAAAGACCAACCUUCCAUUGACAAACUAUUCCAAGAGCUGGAUGCUGAUAAAGAUGCACAGAUCACCUUUGAGGAAUUCGUAGUCCUGGUGUCCAGGGUGCUGCAGACUGCCCAUGUGGCUAUCCACAAAGAGUAGAAGCUCUGAUGGGCUCUUCCCAGCCAUGUCCCCAAGAAGACUUUCCCUUCUCCUCACCGAAGUCUGCCUUGCCUGAAAGAAGCGAGAGUUAAUAAAAGUACCC